GCUCACGCUCCCAAAUAGAAAAAAAUUAUGGACAAGAAAUUAUCACAGAAAUUAAAUGGUGGCAGAUAUGUCCAAGGAAUAUUGCAAGGGUUCAAUUCCUUUAUGAAUCUUGUGACAGAUGAAUGCAUGGAGAUGGCAACUAGUGAGCAACAGAAUAUCGGAAUGGUGGUAAUAGAAGGAAAUAACACCAUCAUGUUAGAAGCCUUAGAAAGAGCAUAA